AUGCCGCUGGAUGAGGGGGAGACUCUCGCUCGGGCAGUUCAGCAGCUGCGCAGAGCAUGUGAAGCUGUUUCUACCGCUACUGCAGAACUAGGCACUACACGUGAUGCUAUGGCACGUGAGAAGUUGCGCAAGGCCCGUCUGUUAGCGACACAAUGUGAAGAAAAGACCAGAGACAUUCUUUCUUUAGACAUGGGCGCGGAGCUGAUGGUGCUUCGGGGACAAUACCACGCAGUCAAGGCAGACUUCGACGCGGCUAACAAGGAGGCCGUGAGGAAAGAAAAGCAGACGUGGCGCUCCAGCACCCACGCCGAUGCAAUGGGGAGUAAUGGAGCCGUGGUAGUUGGUGAGCCGCUCGCAGGAUAUGACGAGGUGCGGUUGCAUGAAAUUAAAAAAAUUGAUAUGUCAGAGUUUCACACGGAGGAGGCUCUUCAGCGAGAAAAACUACUCGGUGUGCGGGAGAUUGAAAGCAAUAUGAUGGACUUGAAGACCUCUUACCAGGAGUUCCAUGACCUUGUGCAUCAUCAGCAGGCUGGUCUUGACCAGAUAACUGGGAAUGUGUCCGAGUCAAAGGUGCACGUGGAGAAUGGAACGACUGAGCUCCAGCAGGCCUCGAGGCGCCAGAGAUGUGGUCGUAAAAUGUUGUGUGCUAUCGCCAUCAUUCUUCUUGUCAUUAUUAUCAUUGUUGUGGUUGUUGUCGUUGUUCUCAAGCGUUGA